AGGACAGCAGCGGUCUGUUUGUCUUUUUACCGUAAAUAAUGUGACGUCAUAAACGUCAGAGAGCAACUUCAUGCACGCCACAACACGACCGGAUAUCACACGCGGCUUUGCCUUCAGAAUAAAAGCCCACCGUUGAGCGUGCUGCUGUUAUGCCCUUUGUUCUUCGACAACGGGGAGUACAAACACAGUGGACACUGGUUGUCUGUGUUUUCAAUACACGCACUCUUUAAUUAACACAUUAUGCAAAUUAACUGCACCGUUUCCUAAAAAUAAUAACAACAAUCUGUUUUCUAUCUUCGCCAACAUAACGUUUCACGUUUUGAGAAGAAAUACGCUGGCGUGGUUGUUUCUUACAGUACUUUAUUUCUGUAGGUAAGUCCUUGUUUGUAACGUGUUAAUAAAUCCACUAAUUCUUUGGUCAUUUAUUCUGGUCAGAAGUCGCAGAUGUUUCCUUUCGGGGCUUUUAUUUUGAAACAAAGGCCCUGAACGCAUCUGGGAGCUGCUCCAGACGGACAGUUGAGACGGGGAGAGGAGCUUCACUGGGAGUUUAGUGUUCUCCGUUCACUCCACAUUGAAAGUGCAUUGUUAUUUUCUUUACUUUUACCAUCUAUACCUUUUGUUGUUGUUGUUGUUGUUGUUGUUGCUGCUGCUGCUGCUGCUGCUGUCGUCAUGUCGACCCCCGGGAGCUCCCUGGCCUGUGAGGGGAUGUACUCCAAACUGAUUGACGACGACGGCGCAUGUGAGGAUCCGAGCCGCGGACCAGAUGUGGGGCUCGGUGCUCACCCAGUCUCCCCAGUCCGAGUGACCCCCAGGCCGGGCGGCCCCGGGCCCUACCGCCUCGCCACCAUCUGCCUGGCGACGCUGUGCGCCGUCCUGCUGAUCUCCAUCAUCGCCGUCACCGCGCACUACAAGAACAAACCUCCGAGCGCAGGAGGAGCGACCUCGGCGAUGCAGAAGCAGGACGCGGCGGCCGUUUCGGAUCUCACCGCCGCCGUCAGCAAACUGCAGGAGGAGAAGAAACGUCUGCAGGAAGAGAAGAAACGUCUGCAGGAAGAGAAGGACGAGCUCCUGGCCAAACUGGAGCCCGCGAUAGCCACGAAAGCUCCCGAGGGGAUCAAACCCACGACGGCGGCCCCGAUCGUCUGCCCCGCGGACUGGCUUCUCUUCAACGGCAGCUGUUACUUCAUCUCCAGAACCACCAGGGAUUGGCCCGAGAGCCAGUCGUACUGCCAGAGCAAAGGAGGCCACCUGGCCAUCAUCCACACGCCGGAGGAGCAGACGUUUCUGUGGGAUCAUCUUCCCAGAGGCCACUGGAGAGCCUUCUGGUUUGGGCUCAGUGACGAGCACACAGAGGAUUGGAAAUGGGUGGAUGGCACCCCGCUGGUCGGAGGUUUUUGGGAGGUCGGCGAGCCCAACAACCACAUCGACGAGGACUGCGGCUACAUCGUGAAGACGCAGGUGUUGGAGCGAGUGGCGAUCCGGAGCUGGUACGACGCCCCCUGCUCCAUGUACUGGCCCUUCAUCUGUGAGAAGGAGAUGGUCGCCGGCGGCAGCACCGCCGUGCCGCACUGAGACUCGUGCACGAAAUGAAGCCAACGCGUGGUAUUUUGGGACUAGAAGUCUCAUUGAAAUGGGCUUAAUGGAGACAAUUCAAAGCAGUCGUAUACUCUGCAGCAAUAACUGCACUUUUAUUUUUAUUCGUGGCUUCUUCAUGCUGUUUUUAACCUUCAGAUCAUCCGUAUUUUCUUGGUUAUUGAUCAUAUGAUGAAUAUCAGCCAAAGACUUGUCCACAAUUUGAGGUGAAACAAAGAGCGAUAACAUCCUCAACGCAACGUGAAGAGGUCACGGUGCUGACGGUCUUGUAGUACCACUUGUCACCUUGAGAGGCGAUGGUGAGUCGCGUCCCGUCAGUCCAAUAUGGAGAAGUGGAGCUGCUCCGAGUGCGUUUUUUUAAACACGUUACUAAUCUUCUCGUGAGGCUUACUCGGUUUUAUUGUGUAACACCGGUUGUUUCUUUUUUUUCUUCUUCUUCUUUUUUUGAUGACUGUAAAUUGAAGACGCUGAAUGGUGAUUUCCCCCCCCCCCCCCCCGUC